CGCAUUUUCUGUUCGCAUUUGUAAUGCAGCAGAAAAACAAAAAUGGAAAUUAUUUUUCUCUUCGUUGUUUUGAGUUUUGUGACGAAUGUAGUCAUUGGACAACCAUUUUUUCCUCAACCAGAGCAAGUUCAUCUAUCAUAUGCAGGUAAUCCUACAGAAAUGGUAGUGACCUGGGUGACCCAAUCUGCUACCAACUCCAGUAUUGUACAAUUUGGCAUUGCAAAGCCAACACAGGCUAUUAUUGGUAAACAGGAGCUCUUCAAGGAUGGAGGUUCAGAAGCAAGAUUAUUCUAUAUUCAUAGAGUGACGCUCUUUCAUUUAACUCCAGGGAUGUCAUACAAAUAUAGGUGUGGCAGUGAACUUGGGUGGAGUGACAUGUAUUCAUUUACUGCCAUGCAGAGUGGAACAAACUGGUCCCCACGAUUUGCCUUAUAUGGAGAUAUGGGCAAUACAAAUGCCAAGUCUGUAAGUUGGUUGCAGCAGGAAGCCCAGGAUGGAAACAUUGAUGCAAUUUUACAUGUGGGUGACUUUGCCUACAACAUGGACACUGAUAAUGCAAGGACAGGGGAUGAGUUUAUGAGACAGAUUGAGCCUAUAGCUGCCUAUGUACCUUACAUGACCUGUGUUGGCAAUCACGAGAAUGCUUAUAAUUUCUCCAACUAUCGCAAAAGGUUCACAAUGCCAGGUGGAGAUGGAGACGGAUUAUUCUUCAGUUUUGAUAUAGGUCCAGUUCACAUCAUAUCAUUCUCUACAGAGGUCUACUAUUAUGUACAGUAUGGCUGGAUGCAGAUUGUAAACCAGUACAAAUGGCUGGAAGAAGACUUAAAGAAAGCUAACCUGCCAGAGAAUCGUUCUAAGCGUCCCUGGAUCAUCACCAUGGGGCACCGACCUAUGUAUUGUUCCAAUAGUGAUGACCCCCCUCUGUGUACUAAUGUAGAGAACCCAGUUAGAAUUGGUAUUCCAUAUAUAAAGGCGUUUGGUCUUGAGGAUCUGUUCUACAAGUAUGGGGUAGAUUUACAGUUCUAUGCACAUGAGCAUUCCUAUGAGAGAUUGUACCCAGUAUACAACAGAACCGUGUGUAAUGGUACUUCUAGUGACCCUUAUAAGAACCCUAGAGCACCUGUUCACAUUGUUACAGGGUCAGCGGGUUGCACAGAGGGGGAAGACCCAUUUAUCCCACUAGGGCUACCCUGGAGUGCAUUCAGAAGUGAUGACUAUGGCUAUACCAGGAUGAGGGUUGUAGAUGACCAGAAGUUGUACAUGGAGCAGGUCUCUGUUGACAAGAAGGGAACGGUUGUAGACAAAGUGCUGAUUACAAAGGAAAAACAUGGGAUGGGACUCUAUGACUGCCAUCAAGGACGCUAAUACUUUAGACUAUAUUUUCUUGCCAAAUUGAGUCUAUCUAACUGAGAAAUGAACAAGAAACAUUCAAACGAGAUUUGAAGUUCCCACAGUUUAGUGUAUAGGAAAACAAUUGAUUGUAUUAGAAAAAAGUCACUGUUACCAGUGCCAUAUGAUACAUAUCAUGUGUGUGUGCAUCAAAAUAUCAACAAUAUCAUCAAUAUUCAAAAAUCAAUAAAGCCAGUUCCUCAAAAUCUUUAUACAAUAGUAUAACAGAGUAGAAAUGAAUUAUGAUAGUCAUAUUCAUUGCUUCAGUUAUAAGAUAGCAAUUGGGACAAUACGCUGCAGUGGUGGUUAUUGUAAAUGUAAUGUUGAAAUAGUGCAAUAGGAUACAAUAAUCAGGGAUGCAAAUAUGCAUUCCAUCUGCAGUAAUGUAAAAAUCAAAACAAGCAGCAUUGGCUCUCAGUAUUCCUUUAUGAACUAUAUCUUGGUUGUCAAUUGGGGCAUGGACCUACUCCUUUUAUAUGGCAUCAAACUCAACAUGAUCAGUUAAUGUCAAUUAUUUGAUAUACUAAUAUAGAUUGUGUAAUACUAUUUGACUACCAGAUAUUGCUCAGAUUCUAGUUGUUACCAGUAGGCAAUUUAAUUAACUUUCUUUUAAGAUAAGACCCAUGGGCCUUUACUAAGAGGAAGCAUGAAAAUGUAGGUCUUACUGUCAGUAAUUAGACCUUAUAACAUGAAAAUCUGGUAAGUUGAAUUAUAAAUGAACAGCUGAGGUCAAUCCAUAGAUGGAGCAGGACAAUGCAAAAUACAAUGAAUGUUAAUUAUGUUAUUUCUACAAAUGUUCUCUAUUAUAAGAGUAAUUUCUACCAUAUAUUUGGAUCACUCUUGGUCCUUCCACUUGGAUUGACACAUGGGGUGCUUUAGAAAUAAUU